ACUCGCCAUUUGGCGACGAAAAGGGAUUGGGGUUGCUGAACAGCACGGCUGUCGGCGGAGGUGGUGGCGGAGUGUAGAAGCCAGCAUGGGUGAAGUCCUGAUAUGCUACACCGUCCAUGCCAAUGCCACAUUCGGUUGCGUGUUCCAUCAUACGGUGAUAGGUGCGCUUGACGCCUGCCAUUUGAUCGGACAAAGACAUGGUCGAAGGGUCGAUAUGAUGAUGAUGAUGAUGAUGAUGAUCGAUCGAGAUCCGUCCAAGGGCUGAAGCAGUUUCGAACCAGAGGGUUGGAAAGACAAGAGGAAUUCCGAAAAUGCAAUGAACCGAAAAUCAAGCGGAAAAAGUGGUGGAUCUGGAGAUUGAGGUGAACAGAUGCGAGCCUCGAGUUCAGUGGGAGAUGGAACGGUCGAAGUAUCUAUAUGGAGUGUCGUAGCAUGCUAUCCGCGUGCAGGUCGAUGUGGGCGACGGUGCUCACCCGGCUCUGGGGAAGGGUCAGGUGCAGGAACGGGCAGACAGACAGACAGUGAAGGGGUCUGAAUGUGGCGGAGGGAGUCCCCUGCACCGGAAACAGGUAGGUGGGCUGCGUUGGCUUGCCAGAUGUAAGAGACGUCGGCCGGGUCGGUGGAUGAACGAAGGCAAGUGAGGUCCAUCGACCCAGAUUCCCAGUUAUUGAUGUGCAUGGAUGGGGAGUGCAGCAGCCAAGACGCAGACAAUGCAAUGCAAGAUGUGGACCAAGGCUCGAAGGACGCUGAUGCACGGCGCAGUCAAAGAGGAAAGAGGAUACGUCUCCAUGCAUGGAAGGGACGCUUGUCCGCUUGCAGUCGGGGAGCUGUGCUCUCAUUCAGUACCACCGCCCAAUUCCCGGCCGUGCCUGCAUUUGUUCUCUGCUUCCGCGCGCCUGGUUGGUGGUCAAGGCAGGCGCAGUGUACGGAGCAGGAUGCUGCCGACGCCAGGGAGAUGAGGAAGUCCGCUGGUGGCGUGGUUCAAGUCAGCAGCGAUGCCCUGCUCGCCCAGGUCGGUGGUAUGGCCGCUGGGCCGCUGUAUGGGCGGAGCUGUAUGGGCGGAGCUGUAUGGCGGAGCGGUGUCGACGGAGCUGUAUCGUGCAGGCAGCUCACAGAGGAAGCAGCUGGUGUCAGCGGAGCGAAGCGGCGGGAGAGUGCAGUGCGGUGCGGUGCGGUGCGGUGCGGUGCGGAGCGGUGCGGUGCGGUGCUCGUGCCAGACCAAGACUGUGCCGAGUGGGAGCUGGAGCUGGAGCUGGAGCAUCGUCCCAGCCCGGCGUAA